AAAAAAUUGACACUGACAGUGAAUGACAGAUUAACAUAACAUUUUGCAGAAACUUUAAACGGGAAAUUACUAUACACAUGUGUUAAAUUGCUUUCUAGUGUUCUCUUAAUAGUGCACUCCAAUAUCUCUCGUAUUGCUCCAAAUCAGUUACUGUAAAAACAGAUAUGGAAUACAUAUCUCCAGAAGAUGCUCCAUUAUCUAAUAGCACACGAAUAUUAUGUUGUCAGUGUGCCGUGCCAAUUGAGGCCAACCCAUCUAACAUGUGUGUUGCAUGUUUGCGGGCCCAUGUAGACAUUACUGAUGGUAUACCCAAACAAGCCACUCUGUUCUUCUGUAGAGGAUGUGAGAGAUAUCUACAACCACCUUCUGAAUGGGUAGUCUGUGCUCUGGAGUCACGAGAGCUGCUGGCUCUGUGCCUUAAGAAGUUGAAAGGCUUAAGCAGAGUUAAGUUGGUUGAUGCUGGCUUCGCUUGGACUGAGCCUCACUCUAAAAGGAUUAAGGUAAAACUGACUGUACAAGGAGAGGUUUUGGGAGGUGCAGUUCUUCAGCAAACCUUUAUUGUUGAGUUUACAAUCCAACAUCAGAUGUGUGAUGCAUGCCAUCGUUCUGAGGCUCAGGAUUACUGGCGUGCUCUAGUGCAGGUCAGACAGAAAGCCAAUAAUAGGAAAACUUUUUAUUACUUGGAGCAGUUGAUUUUGAAGCAUAAGGCUCAUGAAAAUACUUUGGGAAUUAAACCUAAACAUGAUGGCUUGGACUUUUUCUAUGCUACAGAAAAUCAUGCACGAAAAAUGGUUGAUUUCAUCCAGUCCGUGCUGCCUGUGAAAUGCCAACAUUCGAAGAAACUUAUAUCUCAUGAUAUCCACAGUAACAUUUACAAUUACAAGUUUACAUUCAGCAUUGAAAUUGUUCCACUGUCAAAAGACAGUGUUGUAUGUUUGCCUAAAAGGUUGACACAUCAAUUUGGAUCUAUAUCACCCAUUUGUUUAGUACUUAGAGUAACUAGCACUAUACAUUUGAUUGACGCCAACACUGGUCAAGUAUGCGAUUUGUCAUCUACAAAUUACUGGAGACAUCCAUUUACUCCAAUCUGCAACCCAAAACAACUGCAAGAAUAUAUUGUGAUGGAUAUUGAUGUAUUAAAAGAACACGAAAAGAAAUCAUUUCCGGGCCAAGGAAAUGUGUCCAACAAGCAUGUAAUAGCAGAUGUGUGGGUCGUGAAGGCCAGUGAACUCGGGUUGGAUGUCAGUCCAGUGCACACAAGGACACAUCUUGGGCAUAUUUUGAAACCAGGAGACACUGUUUUGGGAUACAAUCUCGGCGACUCCAACGUAAACGAUGACAACUUGGACAAGUUAGAUAACAGCAACAUUCCAGAUGUGUUCUUAGUUAAAAAAUUCUAUGGUGAAAAGUCUGCGAGAAGGAGAGCACGCGCGUGGAAACUGAGGCACAUGGCCGAUGGCUUACACGACGGAGUUAGCUCCACCAACGAGGAUUAUAAUGAAUUUUUGGAUGAUUUGGAGGAGGAUCCAGCGUUCAGGCAAAACGUUAAUAUAUUUAAAGAUGCAAACAAAAUGCCUGUGGAUACAGAUGAAAUUGAUCCGACCCUGCCGCGGAUCACCCUCGCUGAGAUGUUGGAUGAUUUGAACAUUGAUGACGUUGAGAUGAAUGACGUUUGAUCAGUUAUGUUUUACCUUUGUGUAAAAAUACACGCAUGUCUAAUAAAUGUUUAUAUUAUA